CUUUUCUCAUAUGUUGGUAUUAUCUUCUUCUUCUUCGGAAGAGACGAACAAGUUUGGUUCUUUCGCUCUUACGAAUGUGAUCCGGUUUCUGUAAUAAGGAUAGUGAGUUUGGUGUAAAGCUUGAAUCUUUUUUGAAGUUAAAUUCAUAUUUGGUGUGGGAAGGUUAAAGAGAUGAAGAGGGUUAGAGAAGAGGUUUACGUUGAAGCACAUAUACGAGGUCCUACUGUUUCGUCUCGAGGAGAAACAAAUGGUAGGCCUUUAACGAUUGGUGGAGGAGGAACUAUGGGAGGGCUAACAACAGGUGAUGCUUUGACAUAUCUCAAAGCUGUCAAGGACAUGUUUCAAGACAACAAAGAGAAAUAUGAAACUUUCCUUGGAGUCAUGAAGGACUUCAAAGCUCAGAGGGUUGACACUAAUGGCGUUAUAGCAAGAGUUAAAGAUUUGUUCAAAGGAUGUGAUAAUUUGCUUUUGGGUUUUAAUACCUUUUUGCCAAAGGGGUACAAAAUAACUCUUCAGCCCGAGGAUGAGAGACCUAAGAAACCAGUAGAUUUCCAAGUGGCUAUUGAAUUUGUCAACAAGAUCAAGGCAAGAUUUGGGGGUGAUGACCGUGCAUAUAAAAAAUUCCUAGACAUCUUGAACAUGUAUAGAAAGGAUAGCAAGUCUAUCAAUGAGGUCUAUCAAGAGGUUACUCUGUUGUUCCAAGACCAUGAAGAUCUGCUUGGGGAGUUUGUUCAUUUCUUACCUGACUUUCCAGGAUCAGCUUCUGUUAAUAACCCUCUUCUCGGAAGGAUUACAGUACCACAUGACAGGAAUUCUCCAUUUUCAGCCAUGCAUCCGAAGCAUCUUGAUAAGAAAAUAAAACUACGGAGUAGGCAUGAUGAGUAUACUGAACACUCUGAUCAACGAGAAGAUGGUGACGAGAACCUUGUGGCUUAUUCUGCUGGUAAUUCUCUGGGAAGAUAUCUGAAGUCAGAGGACACCGAGGGGAUGCAAAAUUAUGAAAAUAACGGGGGUCUUGAACCAGAAAAUGAUAGAGCUGCAGCUUUUGGUAAAGACAUCGGAAGUCAAAAAAUAUUACUGUCUACCAACCAUAUGGCCAAGGCAAUAAAUGAAUUGGACCUUACUGACUGCGCACAAUGUUCACCAAGUUACCGCCGCCUGCCAGAUGAUUAUCCCAUUCAGAUUCCAAGCUACAGAAAUUCUCUUGGAGAAAAGGUACUUAAUGAUCAUUGGGUAUCUGUCACAUCGGGGAGUGAGGAUUACUCAUUCAAACACAUGCGCAAAAACCAGUAUGAAGAAAGCUUGUUUCGAUGUGAGGAUGAUAGGUUUGAGUUGGACAUGUUACUAGAAUCUGUGAGUGCAGCCAUUAAGCGUGUGGAAACUCUUCUGGAAAAGAUCAACAACAACACAAUCUCUAUAGAGACACCAAUCUGUAUUAAAGAACACUUAUCAGAGCUGAACCUAAGAUGCAUUGAGCGGUUGUAUGGGGAUUUUGGGCUUGAUCUCAUGGAUUUUUUGAAGAAGAAUUCUCAUAUCGCCUUACCAGUGAUACUAACACGCUUGAAGCAGAAACAAGAAGAAUGGGCUAGGUGUCGCUCUGAUUUCAGGAAAGUAUGGGCUGAAGUGUAUGCGAAGAAUCAUCAUAAAUCACUAGAUCAUCGUAGUUUCUAUUUUAAGCAGCAGGACUCCAAAAAUUUGAGUACAAAAGGCUUAGUGGCGGAAAUUAAAGAUAUCAGUGAGAGAAAGCAUAAAGAAGACCUGCUUCGUGCCAUUGCUGUUGGAAUUAAGCCCACUUUCACCCCAGAUGUGGAGUUCAGUUAUACUGAUACACAAGUUCAUUCUGACCUAUAUCAACUAAUUAAGUAUUACUGUGAAGAAAUAUGUGCUACUGAACAGUCGGAUAAAGUCAUGAAGCUAUGGGUAACCUUUUUGGAGCCCAUGUUUGGCGUUCCUUCUAGGUCUCAAACUAAUGAGACAAUGAAAGAUGUUGCAAAGAUUGAAGACAACCAAGGUCCCCAUGAUGCAUGUGAGGCUGUGAGGGAGAACACAUGUGACGGUUCUCUGGCCUCAAACCUUAAACCUUUAAUAGCUCCAAAAACGCCUCAGAAAGAAAACCCAAAAGUACAAGGAAUCUCUUGUGUCCAAGAUUUCCCAGUCAAUACACACGAAAUCAUUCAGCAAGAGAAACUGCAUGAUGGUGCAGCUAUAACGAAUGAGGAUAGCCAGCCUUCCAAACUGGUGUCACCCAGAGCUGACUUGAUAAUGGAGGAUGUAGAGAAUCGUAAUAAGGCUAGUGAUGUAUCAAUGGGAGGGCAUAAGGUUGAGCGAGAAGAGGGUGAAUUGUCUCCUACAGAAAGUUUCGAGCAAGACAAUUUUGAGGUUUAUAAAGAGAACGGCCUCGUCGAGCCUGUCGAGAAACUGCCAGACAAUGAAAGAAGUAAUAAAGACCAAGAACAAAAAGAGGGUACCUGUGGUACUGAAGCUGGAGCAAGGAGCAAUGCCCUCCCUGAAGAUGAUGAAAAAAAAAUUACUCAAAAGCUGUCAGAAGGGGACGACUCUAAAAUUAAUGUCUCAGCAAGCAAGUUUGGUGGCCAAGUUUCUUCCGAUGAAGAGCAUAAAGGAGCCAUGAACUGUGACCAGCAUGAUAGUGUGGCGGAGAGUGAAAAUGAGGCUGGAGAGAUGGUUAAUUCCAACGAGGGUGAAGAUGGAUCGUUUUUAACGUUUUCAGAACGUUAUCUGCAACCUGUAAAGCCCCUUGCAAAGCAUGUGCCUGGAACACUGCAAGCAAGUGAAUGCGACUCCCGGAAUGGUUCUCGAGUUUUCUAUGGGAAUGAUUCAUUUUAUGUGCUUUUUAGGCUUCAUCAAAUGUUGUACGAGAGAAUACAAUCAGCAAAGAUACAUUCAGAGAGGAAAUGGAAAGCUCCAGAUAACACAUCUACUGAUUCAUAUACCAGGUUCAUGGAUGCCCUUUAUAAUUUACUUGACGGCUCAAGUGACAAUACAAAGUUUGAAGAUGAAUGCCGUGCUAUCAUUGGAGCACAGUCAUAUGUUCUCUUCACAUUGGACAAGCUAGUUCAAAAGUUUGUUAAGCAUCUUCACGCAGUCGCAGCUGAUGAGACAGACACCAAGCUUCUGCAACUGUAUGCAUACGAGAACUACAGAAAACCAGGAAGAUUCUUUGAUAUAGUGUACCAUGAAAAUGCUCGAGCCCUUCUCCAUGAUCAGAACAUAUACCGGAUUGAAUAUUCAUCUGCGCAAACCCGUCUCUCGAUACAACUUAUGAACAACGGGAAUGAUCAGCCUGAAGUUACAGCUGUAACAGUGGAACCAGGUUUUGCUAAUUAUCUGCAGAAUGACUUUCUUUCGUUUGUCCGUGAUGAAGAGAAACCCGGACUAUUUUUGAAGAGGAACAAGGCGAAAUUAAGCGAUCUGGAUGAAUCAGGGUUGUCGGGUGCCAUGGGAGGGCUGAGAAUUAUUAACGAGGUUGAAUGUAAGAUUGCUUGCAGUUCUUCCAAGGUCAAGUAUGAACCAAACACAGCAGAUCUUUUGUAUAGAAGAAAGCAGAAGAAAGCAACACUGAAUCCAACUGGGCCUGACAGCACUAAUAAAACUUCUGGUAGCAGUGAAACCUCGAGAAAGAAAAGAAUAUCACGCUUUCACACCAUUCUUAACCAAAGACUUGUUGCCUUGCCUUAAUCUAGAUCAUCCUCAGUAAUCGCUUAUUUUGCGAUAAAAAGUAAAUGGAUGUAGCUAGUAUAUUUGCGCAGGUGUGAAGUUCUUGGCUGAGACAUGCAAGCAUCAGUAGUGGUAGAGACUAGAGAGUAGAGACCAACUGUGUUUGACGACGAUUCUUGCAUCAUUUGGGGCAGAGAAGAGAUUCACAUUGGCAACCAUAGUUUUUUGGUUUUUCUUUUCUCUAAAUCACGUCUGGAGACUGGAGCCGCCAGUUUUUGGUGUAUAGUGUUAGAAUAUAUAUCUAAGGACGAGAUGCUAAAUUGACUUUUUUUAAUUCAUUCAUUCAACAAAUAUUGGAUAUUAUUUCUAAUGUAAUGUUUCUAUUUCUUUUAUAAAGUCUUCUCUGUCAUUUUUUGGCUAUUA